GGAGGAGAAAGGGACGAGGGGAUGAGAAGGAGCAACACAGGAGCAACACAGGAGCUUCACGCAGCGCACGGAUGGUGUUGCAGCUCCGAAAACAAGGGCUUUCCAGGAAGAGUUGGGAAUGACAACACAGAUGGAGCGUGACAGUGGAAUACAAAAGGCUGGAAUGACAGAUCACGCUCAAAAAAGAGGAGAAAACGUGUGAUGAGGAGAGAUGUACGCCUUCUACUCUCUUUUAGUCUACAUCUUCUACACUGUCUUUAAGAAGGAGGAGGAGGACGCAGAGGGAGCGCAUGGAGAUUCCCCAGACGAACCAGGACCUGUUUCCAUGGAAACAAGGAGUAAGAGGAGAGAUGGCUACACCCCCAGAAUGGCAAAAAAAACCUGCGCUCACCUCAGUGGAUCAAGCAGUAGCAGUGACACUGAUGAACUGAGUGAUGAAGAUGAGGCUAAUGCCUCAGCCAUCCCAGCAUGCACUCCGCUGGCUGCCUUUCUGACUUUCAAGCAGGAGGCCGAAAAGAGGAGAGCCUCUCAAGUUCAGCUGGACGCUACAGAAAAGGUGGCAGAAUCUCCCUUGGUCGCCGUGAUGUCCCACUUGCUGAGUUUUCUGGAGCAGUACUCCCACUUCCAGCAGCUUCAGCAGCAAGCCGACCAGUACCGGGUCCAGCUGAAGCGGCACCGUGUCCAGCACCGACGUCAGAUGAAAGCCCUGCGGGCCUCCUACCGCCAGCGCCUCCAGGACAAGAAUAGCAUCAUUAACAGCCUGGAGGAGGCCGUCAACCAGCAGCAGAGCCCCAGCCCACUGAGCGAUGGUGAGCCUGGCUGUGAUCCAGGGGCUCCAGCUGGGGUCCACAGGCUGGUGGAGUCCCUGUACGGCCUGCAGGGUGAGAGGAGCAAACUGCGAGGCGAACUCCGUCUGCUGCACUCACAGCUGGAGCAGAAAGAAAGAGACAGACACUCACGUGUACAAGCCUUUCAACAGCAGAUUGAUGAUCUCAAGGGUUGUAUAGAGGAGCGUGAGGAAGAGCUUUCAAGACUGAGAACAGCAACUGGGGCCACGGACUCAGAGAAGCGGGUGCUGUGUCUGUCGGCUGAGAACGAGAGCUUGAAGCAGAGCCUGGGCGUUACACAGGGCCUCCUGCAGCAGCUCUCAGCUAUCCCCUCCCAGUCCAGCACCAUGCUCAUCAAGGAGAAUGAGAAUCUCCGGAGCAGAGUGCAGCAGCUGGAGAUGUCCCUGCAGCAACGUGCUGAGCAGCUUUCACACCUGGAGCGAAGGAGUGAGCAAAGUGAGUGGAGGAGAGGAGAGGAGCUGAGGAAACAAGAGGACAGAGUGAGGGAGCUGCAGCUGGAGCUGGAUAGAGAGAGAGGCAAGGAGCCAGUUGUCAAGUAUGUCACACAGACGGUGGAGGUGGAAUCCCCAGCCACAAUAAAGCAGCUGACUAAAGCCAGACAGAAGAAUGAGGUGCUGACCGAACGGCUGUCCAGUCAGAAUGAGCGCUGCAGGCAGCUGGAGGAACAAAUCAGGAAGUCAGACGAGUACAGCUGCAAGCUGCAGCACAAGAUUGCAGCGUAUGAGAGAGAAAUCUGCAAACUGAGGGAGGAACUGUUGAAGGAAAUCGGCCACUUGGAAGAGAGGAAGGAGGAAGCGGUGAAGGCUGCUGCCAGCUGCUCAGCUGAACAUUUCCAGAACCUGCAGGACCAGUUCUUCAGUUUGCAGAAGCGCUUGACAGCACUUCCUCCCACUUUACGCUCCAUGAAGACAGACUACACAAGUCUGAGGAGCCAGGUUCGAAACUUCUCAGAGUUUUAUGGAGCAGCCGUCAAUGAAGCAAAAAAGCAGAUUUCAGCCGCUAUUAGUGAGAUGUCCGAAGCCAACAAAGAUCUUCUGGAGAAGUACAGGAAGGAGGUUGCUCUGCGCAGGAAGUACCACGAGCAGCUGGUGGAGCUGAAAGGCAACAUUCGUGUGCUGUGUCGGGUGAAGCCUGUGCUGAAAGAAGACCAGCAUGAGGAGGGCCAGUCCGUGGUUGUGACGACAGACGCCAACAACGAGUCCUCCCUCAAUGUGCUGAGCAAAGGAAAGGGCCGCAUCUUUGAGCUGGACAAGGUCUUCCACCCGCAGGCCACUCAGGAGGAGGUCUUUCAGGAGAUUGAACCUCUGGUGACGUCUUGCAUUGAUGGCUACCAUGUCUGCAUAUUUGCAUACGGACAGACCGGCUCUGGAAAAACCUACACCAUGGAGGGCAGUGUGGAAAACCCUGGAAUCAACCAGCGAGCUCUAAAACAUCUCUUCAGUGAGAUCGAGGAGAGGAAGGACAUGUGGUCUUACACUGUCACAGUCAGCUCUGUGGAGAUCUACAACGAGGUGCUGAGAGACCUGCUGAGUAAGGAUGGAGAGAAACUGGACAUAAAGAUCAACCCAGACGGAACAGGACAGCUUCAUGUACCAGGACUCAGGGUCAUAGAGGUUAAAAGCUUUCAGCACAUUAAGAAGAUUUUAGCCAUGGCCAAAAGGAAUAGGAUCACCUUUGGCACUCAGAUGAACCAGCACAGCUCACGCUCUCAUGCUCUGCUGUGCAUCACCGUUCAAGGCACCGACCUGGCUACUGGUUCCAAAACCACAGGCAAGUUGAACCUGGUGGACCUGGCAGGCUCAGAGAGAGUAUGGAAGUCUGGCGCAGAGGGCGAGAGGCUCAAAGAGGCCCAAAACAUCAACCGCUCCCUGCUGUCACUGGGGGACGUCAUUCAGGCGCUUCGCGCUCGUCAGACUCACAUCCCCUUCAGGAACUCCCGGCUCACCUACUUAUUACAGGACUCCCUGGGCAAAGGCAGCAAGACUGCCAUGGUGGUGCAGGUUUCUGCUCUGGAGAGUAACGUGGGAGAAACAUUAUGCUCCUUGAAGUUUGCUCAGAGAGUAUGUAAGGUGGAACUGGGUCCUGCAGCCAGGAAGAUCGAAUCCGGUGGGGGCCAGUGUGACUGAAUCACCAGGAAAUCAGGAAUGAGUCUGUCAACAUUAUCAUCCACCCUAACAGCCACUUACAGCACUGAAGUAUCAACAAAGCAGCAGCAAUUCUGAUCAAGGGCUAAAUCUGCAGACAUCUGUACGGCACCCGGCAGUGCAGUUGAGGCCAAGUACAGAUCCUCCUCUCCAUGUUGUGCUUCUGUUAAACGGCAACCCUUCAUCGUUAGAUAACGUGCAUGCAGGGGUGUUUACUCUUCCACUCGGGUGCCCUCUCUUCCUCCUACUCCCAUGGACUCAAGAUUUCAUGUAAAAAUAAACCAUGAUGCAUCACACCCUCAUAUAUCAUCAGAGCAGCAUCAUAGUUGAACAUGUUCAACAGUCACAAUAUCAGCACUUCAGUUUAAGCAGUAUUACUCAUCCUGCUAUAAAUGUCUGUAUUUGUGAGCUUCAUUACCAAUGUGGUAUAUAUUUGAAGGUGUUGGUGAGUAGGAGUAGCAAAAGUAUGGGGUGCUAUUCAUGUCGCAUACAUACAAGUCACAUCUUCAUCUAGUGUUUGUGAACUUCAGAAGAGCAGCAACUGAAGGAUCGGUUUCUCUUUAGAUCCUGUUGAAAUUUGCCAUUUGAUAAAAGAGGGAAGAUGUUUUUGAGGGAGCCGGUGGCCUUGUAUGUAAUGAAAUGUGCAAUACUCUCCUUCAGGACUAGGCAGUUUGGGUCUGUGUGGACAGAAGAAGCACUUUAUGGUGACGGGAGUAGAGCGCUUGUAAUAGAUAUCACUCGUGAAGUCACACCAAAUACAGCUCACUGGCCAUAUUUGUUCCUGAAUUUGUCAUCCAUUGAAUCAAAACUAGCUUUUGAUUCUGAUGUAGCAGUAACGUCCAUGAGUACUUAGGCGUCACUAAGGGUGAAUCUUUAGGUAAUU